AUGGACGACUUGCUCGAGGGCUACAUGGUGCUUGACGCAAUAGGCGACUUUCUUGAAGACCGCUCGCUGACCCAUCGCACCAAACACCCCGCAACAACACCACAGUCGCAGCCUGGUGCACAAGCCUCUACCGGGUCACUCACGCCCAUAUCUGAUCCAGACCAGAAUAGCCAAGGUGAGGCCCCGAAAGGCGCGCGAAAACGACGAGGGCACAACAAGAGCCGACUAGGCUGCAUCGCUUGUAAGAAAAGAAAAAUAAAGUGCCAGGAGACAUGGCCGUCCUGUGCAAAUUGCGACAGGCGUGCGCUCGUCUGCAGGUACCCAGAUGUAUUCAAACAUGCGCAGCACGAGCUGCCCAGGCCCAAGCCGCCGAGCCCACGACAGGUUGUCCAGCUCUCGGACAAGCCCAUCAUGUAUAGUCCAGACGAUAUGCAACUCUUCCAUCACUACCUCACUGCCGCAUAUCCUUGCAUUCCAAGCAACAACGAGCAGGUCUGGACUCGGCAUAUUCCUCUCAAAACUUACCAGUAUCCUUACCUUAUGAAUGCUAUGCUCGCUUUAGCAGGAUCCCAUCUUGCCAUCCAGGUCGAAAAUCCAAACAACCGCCUGGCACUCCGGCAUAGACAGAAUGCCAUUGUAGGACUAGAAGAUGCCUUUGCUCGAUGGCCGCCGUCUCCAGAUGAAUCUCACGUCAUGUUUGCAGCGUCCUUCCUGUUGUCCCUGCAAUGCAGUUACCUGAACGACGGCUUCUUAGAGCACUUCAUCUCUUUGAGAGGGUGCUCCCUACUGUCUCAACUCAUUGUCGCCGAAGGGUUCAACGGCCCUUUCGUGGAGCAAACAGGUGUAGACCUAAUACCUGUCGACACGGCAACACACCAAUACUUUGGGAUCGGUCAAGAUAUUCUUCGUGAAGCCUUGCUAUCCCUCAAAAGUUUCUCAAAGUUCAUGACCCCAGAAAUACAUCCAAUUGAAAAGGCUGUAGUCGGACAAACCGUGGUAACACUUCAAUAUCUACUUUGCCCUGAUGUCCAGCCAGAAGGCAGAGGAACGACAGUGCCAGACAUCGAAGGUACCGCCGACCCUUCGCAAUCGACUAAGCCUUCUAAAUCAGGUGCUUCCGCGAACCCCUUACUCCCAUCCAGCAUGGCAGACGUAUUUCACGAAAUUGACUGGGACAAUAUCACCACAGCGCCCGCUGGCUCCCCCUCCCCCGUCCGCUCCUUUCAAGGAAUGAUGGCAGUCCUAACCAUAUUCGCUACCUGGCCGCAAGAGGCCCUUGUCCACAUCUUUGACUCAAACAAUCGCCUCGGCAACAUCAUCCUGGCGCAUUUUUCCGCCAUCCGCUUCAUCCUCGCACCAAUGACGGCAGAGCAGAGUGCGCUGCGGACUCCGACACGAGCAAUUGUACAGUGGUCAGCCAAGAUCAUUGCCAGCAUUGAUGGCUAUGAUAAAGGUGGAGAGUGGUCUCAGUACGUGGAGUGGCCGAGGAAAAUCCUCAGGUGCGUGGAAUUUUGCCUUGAGAAGCAUCGCGGCUUCACCAUAGGCGAUGUACGAGAUUUGUUUUUGCGCGACCCCGGUGCUUUCAAAGAGGGACGAGCACCAAGGAUUUGA